GCGGCGGCGGCGGCAGCUGGCGCGGAGCGGAGCCGGGGGACGAGCGGCCGUGGCCGGGGCUGCGAUGAGCGGCGGCGGUGGCGGCAGCGGCAGCUGCAGGCGGCGGGGAUGCUGCUCAAGCUCCUGCAGAGGCAGACCUACACCUGCCUGUCGCACAGGUACGGCCUUUACCUGUGCUUCGGGGGCGUCGUGCUCAUGAUCGUCUCCGCUUUCCAGUUUGGAGAGGUUGUUCUGGAAUGGAGUCGGGAUCAAUAUCAUGUUCUCUUUGAUUCAUAUAGAGAUAACAUUGCUGGAAAGUCAUUUCAGAAUAGGCUCUGUUUGCCUAUGCCCAUCGAUGUGGUCUACACCUGGGUAAAUGGCACUGAUGUUGAGCUGCUUAAAGAACUGCGACAGGUGAGAGAACAGAUGGAGGAAGAGCAGGAAGCAAUGAGAGAAAUCCUUGGGAAGAAUUCCACAGAACCCACAAAGAAAAGUGAAAAGCAAUUAGAAUGUUUGCUCACCCACUGCAUUAAAGUGCCCAUGCUCAUACUGGACCCUGCCCUGCCUGUCAACAUCAGUCUGAAGGAGUUGCCGUCCAUUUACCCUUCUUUGCAAUCAGCUAGUGACACGUUCUACGUUGCCAAACCUAAAAACCCAUCAACUAAUGUUUCCGUCGUCGUUUUUGAUGGUCAGAAGGAAGUUGAAGAGGUCCAGGCUGCAAUGCUGAAAGGAGCCAGCAAACAGUCCGUGUGGAGGGGCUACCUGACGACAGACAAAGAAGUCCCAGGCCUGGUGCUGAUGCGGGACUUGGCUUUUCUGAGCGGAUUUCCACCAACAUUCAAGGAAACAGAACAGCUGAGAGCAAAGCUCCCGGAGAACCUGUCCUCUAAAAUAACACUGCUGCAGUUGUAUUCAGAAGCCAGUGUAGCCCUUCUGAAACUGAAUAACCCGAGGGGUUUCCAGGAAUUGAAUAAGCAAGCUAAGAAGAACAUGACCAUUGAGGGAAAGGAACUGACCCUCAGUCCUGCCUAUUUGUUGUGGGAUCUCAGCACCAUCAGUCAGUCUAAGCAGGAUGAAGAUAUUUCUGCCAGCCGCUUUGAAGAUAACGAAGAGCUGAGAUAUUCUUUGAGGUCCAUAGAGAAGCACGCCCCUUGGGUGAGAAAUAUCUUCAUCGUAACCAAUGGGCAAAUUCCUUCCUGGCUGAACCUUGAUAACCCUCGGAUAACAAUAGUAACUCAUCAGGAGGUGUUUCGGAAUUUGAGUCACUUGCCUACUUUUAGCUCCCCUGCAAUUGAAAGUCACAUUCAUCGCAUCGAGGGGCUGUCACAGAAGUUCAUUUACUUAAAUGAUGAUGUGAUGUUUGGCAAGGAUGUCUGGCCAGAUGAUUUUUACAGUCACUCCAAAGGUCAGAAGGUUUAUUUGACCUGGCCUGUUCCCAACUGUGCGGAGGGCUGCCCUGGUUCCUGGAUUAAAGAUGGCUACUGUGAUAAGGCUUGUAAUAAUUCAGCAUGUGAUUGGGACGGAGGAGAUUGCAUUGGGAACACUGGCAGCAGUCGAUAUGCUGGUGGCGGAGCUGGCCACGGUGGCACGGGGGUUGGACAGCCCUGGCACUUUGGUGGCAGAAUAAGCGGUAUUUCUUACUGCAACCAGGGAUGCGCCAAUUCUUGGCUUGCCGAUAAGUUCUGUGAUCAGGCAUGCAAUGUGCUGUCUUGUGGGUUUGAUGCUGGUGACUGUGGGCAAGAUCAUUUUGAUGAAUUAUACAAGGUGACUCUCAUCCUGAACCAGACUCAUUACAUUAUCCCCAAGGGGGAAUACCUCCCUUAUUUCAGCUUUGCUGAGAUAGCCAAAAGAGGAAUUGAGGGUGCCUACAGUGACAAUCUAAUCAUCCGCCACGCCUCUAUUGCCAACAAGUGGAAGACGAUCCACCUCAUACUGCACAGUGGCAUGAAUGCCACCGUCAUACAUUUCAACCUCACAUUUCAAAAUAAGAACAACCAAGAGUUUAAAAUGCAGAUCACAGUAGAAGUAGACACUAGGGAGGAACCAAAGCCCAACAUUACCACCCAGAAGCCUCAUUCGAGUCUGGCUAGCCUCAUCACACCUCUGCCAGAGGCCGAAAUCCUUUUUGAAGAUGUUCCAGAAGAAAAACGCUUCCCAAAGUACAAGAAACAUGGAGAUGGUUUUCAGGAAACUAUAAAAAUACCCCUUGUAAAUAUUUCCGAACUCCCAAAGGAAGUCCAACUGAGUCUGAAGAAGUUGGAUGUGAAGCUGGAGGGUGGGGACAUUACUCUGAAGGGAUAUAACCUGUCCAAGUCUGCACUGCUGAGGCCGUUCCUGGAAGGUGCUCAGGUCAUGGAGGUGAACACUAACCAGACUGUCAAAAGGGAGAAAGACAACAGUCAGCAAGACCCAGGGAGGAGCGAGCGCCUCAUUGAUCUCCCCAGAGAAAGCUCAGAAAAUGCCGAUGGCACGAAGAGAGUGGACCGGAGAGCUGAUGGUGCUGCUGGGGCAGUGGAGGGGGGCAGGACCUACCAGGAGCACACUUCACCUCAGGACCAGACAAAAGCUGGAGAGAGCGUUGGCUUCAGAGGAGUGGCCGUUGUCCCCCCAGAAGGCCGAAUGGCCCAGGAGAAGGAGCUCCUGGGAAAAGCAGAGGAGAGCAGAGCAGUGGGGCCAAAUGAAGGGCUUGCUGCCCACAGUGAUCUAGGCAAUGCGGGAGUAAGGCUUGGAAGGAAACUUCAGGAAUACGCUGGGAGCUACCCAGGUUUCUUGCCUUGGGAAAAAAGGAAGUAUUUUCAAGAUCUUCUUGAGGAAGAAGAAUCAUUAAAGAAACAGUUGUUGUACUUCACGAAUAGCAAACAUGUUGGAAGACAACUGAAAGAUACAUUUGCUGAUUCUCUCCGAUAUGUAAAUAAAAUUCUAAAUAGCAAGUUUGGAUUUACCUCUCGGAAAGUCCCUGCCCAUAUGCCUCAUAUGAUUGACCGCAUUGUUAUGCAAGAACUACAGGAUAUGUUUCCCGAAGAAUUUGACAAGACCUCUGUUCACAAAGUGCGCCACUCCGAAGACAUGCAGUUUGCCUUUUCUUACUUCUACUAUCUCAUGAGUGCACUGCAGCCACUGAACAUUGCUCAAGUUUUUGAUGAAGUUGAUACUGACCAUUCUGGCAUCUUGUCGGACAGGGAAAUUCGGACAUUAGCUACGAGGAUUCAUGACCUGCCUUUAAGCUUGCAGGAUUUGACAGGUCUGGAGCAUAUGUUAAUAAAUUGUUCUAAAAUGCUCCCUACUAACGUCACUCAAAUAAACAACAUCCCUCCAACCCAGGAAGCUUACUACGACCCUAACCUGGUAUCAAGAACAUAUUUGUAUCAUAGAAGGAAUUUGGACUUCUUUGGCUGCAUUUCAAAAGUUUUGCCACCCGUGACUAAAAGUCUAGUAACCAACUGUAAACCAGUAACUGAUAAAAUCCAUAAAGCAUAUAAAGACAAAAACAAAUAUAGGUUUGAAAUCAUGGGAGAAGAGGAAAUUGCUUUCAAAAUGAUUCGCACCAAUGUUUCUCAUGUGGUUGGCCAAUUAGAUGACAUCAGAAAAAAUCCCAGAAAAUUUGUUUGCUUGAAUGACAAUAUUGAUCACAAUCACAAAGAUGCACAGACUGUAAAAGCCGUGCUAAGAGAUUUCUACGAGUCCAUGUUUCCCCAACCAUCCCAGUUUGAGCUGCCACGAGAAUAUCGCAACCGUUUCCUUCACAUGCAUGAGCUCCAGGAAUGGAGGGCUUAUAGAGAUAAAUUAAAAUUUUGGACCCAUUGUGUACUUGUAACAUUGAUCAUGUUUACCGUGUUCUCAUUUUUUGCCGAGCAGCUAAUUGCACUCAAACGGAAGAUUUUUCCCAGAAGGAGGAUCCACAAGGAAGCUGGUACCGAACGGAUCGGGGUGUAGGAGGUGGAAAGAGUCUGCCUUCGAGUUCAGUCGAUGUCAGUGGCGUCUUUGUGACAUGAUGCCUCGAGAUCCGGGCCUGAAGAAAUGAAGAGAAACAUCCUGACAGAUGCCAAUUUGUGGGCACAAAGCGUGGCACCCAGACCAGCCGAGCUGUCUAACAGACACACUGAAAAAGAAGAGGUGUGUUGGGCAGCCAUCAGCUGGAAUUUCACUUUGGAAGCAUUAGCUCAUGGACAUGUUAUCCUUUUUUAUAAAAAGGGUUACCGAAAGAGAGACAGCUGCCUUUAUUGCAGUGGACAUUGCCAAGUAAAUUUUAUAUCUGAAUCCUAGGCCAGCGUGGGAGCAGUUACCAAGAGGCCUCCCUCAGCCUUUGCAUUCCAAAGCAUUCUGCUGUUCUCUUGCUGGGAUGCUUUUUCUCAUUUUCCAUUUUUGAAAAAGUAAUAACUAAGUUAACUCUUUUAGCUGUCCUUGUGUCUAAACUGUGAUGCCAAAACAUAUUGGUGAAUGUACUAUUUAAACACAGCCUCAUAUGGGGGAGGGGGGGGCAAAACAAUUUGGAUACAAAGAAUGUUAGUGGGAUUUGGCUAUGGAAGACCUCAGCAACUGACGUCUGAAAUGUCUUGGUUUGGGUUCACUUGAGCCCCUGGGAAUACAGGGAUUGUGGUUGGAGGUCUGAGGACAGAGGGCUGCUGACCAAGUGUACUCGUGUUUUGGAAACGGUGUCAAAUUCAAACAGAAGUGCCUCAUUGUAGAAAUCGGCGAUAUUGUCCCCAAUAUUGAGAUAACCUUUUAAUCCUGGGCAAGCUCGAACGUUGUGUUA